GCAGCCACGAACUUCAAACUACCGAGGUGUGAUUGCUAAUGGCCCUAAAACACUAACGACAGCAAGACAUAUUAAUUCAAUUCUGUCGCAUCUUUUAUUUCAGACCAUUCCAUCAAUAGGCCUCCAAGGUUCACUUCAAUUCCGCAUCAAUUACAUCUCUUGCAAAUAUCAUGUCACAGUCACGCCUGUUCAAGCCGCUAAAGGUCGGCAAUGUCACCCUCAACAACCGUAUCGCCAUGGCUCCCUUAACGCGAUUCCGCGCUUCAGACGAGCAUAUACCUCUCCCCAUGGUCGCCGAGUACUACGCCCAGCGCGCAUCAGUUGCAGGCACGCUCCUUGUCACAGAAGCCACCUUCAUCACAAAAGAAAACGGCGGCUAUCCAAACGUACCCGGAAUCUACAACGACGACCAGAUAAAAGCUUGGCGCACUGUCACCGACGCGGUGCACAAGAAAGGCAGCUACAUCUACCUCCAGCUCUGGGCUUUGGGUCGUGUUGCAAACCCAAAGGUUGCUGAGCAGGAAGGCUUCACAGUCAAGAGUUCCAGCGCUGUUGCGCUCUCCGCAGACCUUGCAACACCAGUUCCACUAACGAUUCCGGAGAUCGAGGAAACAACUAAAAGUUACGCACAAGCCGCAAAGAAUGCUAUCGCAGCUGGUUUCGAUGGCGUAGAAAUCCACGGCGCUAAUGGGUAUCUCGUCGAUCAAUUCCUCCAAGACAAGGUCAACCAGCGAACAGACGCGUACGGUGGUAGUAUAGAGAACCGUUCGCGAUUUGCAUUAGAGGUUGUUGAAGCCGUUGUUGAAGCCGUUGGCGCUGAGCGCACUGGAAUCCGUUUCAGUCCCUUCAGCACAUUCCAGGGUAUGCGCAUGGACGACCCAAUCCCACAAUUCUCCGAUAUUAUCUCUAAGAUCAACAAAUUCGGCCUCGCCUAUCUUCACGUCGUCGAGUCGCGGAUUUCUGGCAACGCUGAUGUCGUAGCUUCAGACAAGCUCGAUUUUGCGGUUAACCUCUUCGAUGGCCCCCUUCUUAUCGCGGGCGGCUUCCGCCCAGAUUCGGCGAAGAAGUUAGUAGAUGAAGAGUAUCCGAAUAGGGACGUUUUGGUUGUGUUUGGACGAUACUUUAUUUCGACGCCGGAUUUAGUGUUUAGAAUUCAGGAGGGGAUUGCGUUGAAUGAGUACGAUAGGCAGCAGUUUUAUAAUCCGAAGAGUGCGGAUGGGUAUACAGAUUAUCCUUUCAGUCAGGAGUUUCUUGCGAGUACGGGGGCGAAGGCGAAGGCUUGAUUGUGGUUGACAGUCAAGGUGUGAGAUAUCGAUCGUUGUGGCCGUAGUGUGAUAGUGUUUAGAUGGAGUUAUGGCAGCUCCAUAGUUUCCAGCAUCGGUGCAGGUGAGAUGAUUAUUAGAAAUUACCCAUAGAAUCAUA